CUCUCUCUCUCUCUCUCUCCCUCCCUCUCUGAAGUUACGUACCAGGCCCCCCCUGGGUCUGUCAGCAAGGGCGCUGUGAGCCAGGCACAGACACACACACACACACACACACACACACACACACACACACAUGCACGCGCGCGCAUGCACAGAAACACAGACACGAGCGAGCAAGUGAGCGAGGUACAGGAGGGGCCAGAGAGAAGCAGAAGAGCAAGGGGACGACGGUAAAGCGCAGGCCCCCAGCAGAGAGCACCAACUGGGGAAGAGACUGCCGACGAGCCCAGGUGGCUGUUCUCCCUUAUAAUUCACACACACACACACACACACACACACACACACACACACACACACACACACACACACACACACUCCAGCCCCCCCUGUAAGGCAGGAUGGCGGGGGCGUCGGUUAAGGUGGCCGUGAGGGUGCGGCCCUUUAACAACAGAGAGAUCGGCAAGGAGAGCAAGUGCAUUAUUCAGAUGACAGGAAAUACCACCACUAUCCUGAACCCCAAGCAGCCCAAAGAGAAUAAGAGUUUUAACUUCGACUACUCCUACUGGUCACACACCUCACCAGAGGAUGUGAACUUCGCGUCCCAGUUGCAGGUGUAUAAGGACAUUGGGGAGGAAAUGCUGCUGCACGCGUUUGAAGGCUACAACGUCUGCAUCUUUGCCUAUGGGCAGACCGGAGCAGGGAAGUCCUACACCAUGAUGGGCAAACAGGAGAAGGACCAGGAGGGCAUCAUACCACUGCUUUGUGAAGACCUUUUCACCAAAAUCAGUGAUGGCAGCAAUGACAACAGCUUGUCCUACUCAGUAGAGGUGAGUUACAUGGAGAUCUACUGCGAGCGUGUGCGGGACCUGCUGAACCCCAAAAAUAAGGGCAACCUGCGGGUGCGAGAGCACCCCCUCAUGGGGCCCUAUGUGGAGGACCUGUCCAAACUGGCCGUCACCUCCUACAGUGACAUCCAGGACCUCAUGGAUUCUGGAAACAAAGCCCGAACUGUGGCGGCCACCAACAUGAACGAGACGAGCAGUCGCUCUCACGCCGUCUUCAACAUCAUCUUCACUCAGAAACGCCAUGACUCCGAGAGUGAUAACACCUCUGAGAAGGUCAGUAAGAUCAGCCUGGUGGAUCUGGCAGGGAGUGAAAGAGCAGACUCAACUGGAGCUAAAGGGACCAGGCUCAAGGAAGGAGCAAAUAUCAACAAGUCCCUUACCACUCUGGGGAAGGUCAUCUCUGCUUUGGCUGAAGUGGACUCUGCACCUAAUAAGAAUAAAAAGAAGAAAAAGGUGGAGAGCUUCAUCCCCUACAGAGACUCAGUUCUCACCUGGCUGCUCAGGGAGAACCUGGGAGGUAACUCCCGCACUGCCAUGGUGGCUGCCCUCAGUCCUGCUGAUAUCAAUUAUGAUGAAACUCUCAGUACACUGAGGUAUGCUGACCGGGCUAAACAGAUCCGCUGUAACGCGGUUAUCAACGAGGACCCCAACAACCGCCUGGUGCGCGAGCUGAAGGAAGAAGUGGCCCGCCUCAAAGAGCUGCUCUAUGCCCAGGGCCUGGGAGACAUCAUCGAGACCAAUCGGGGCCCUCCCUCUGCGAUUCCUCAGAAAUAUCUCAACAAUUACACGAACAGUGUGAUUGGCCUCGAGGCCAUGAAUCAAAGGAAUGAUCUCUCCACAGUGACCAAUGCCAUGACAGGGAUGAGUCCGUCGCCCUCCAUAUCGGCACUGUCCAGCCGCGCUGCGUCCGUCAACAACCUGCACGACCGCCUGAUGUUCAGCCCCGCCAGUGAGGAGACCAUCGAGAGGCUGAAGGAAACAGAGAAGAUCAUCGCUGAGCUCAACGAGACCUGGGAGGAGAAACUCAGACGCACUGAGGCCAUCCGCAUGGAUAGGGAGGCACUCUUGGCUGAGAUGGGUGUUGCUAUACGGGAAGAUGGAGGCACGGUUGGUGUGUUCUCCCCCAAGAAGACGCCUCACCUGGUGAAUCUGAAUGAGGACCCACUGAUGUCUGAGUGUCUUCUCUACUACAUCAAAGAUGGCAUCACCAAGGUGGGUCGCGACGAUGCUAAGACCCGUCAGGACAUCGUCCUGAGUGGUCACUUCAUCCGUGAGGAGCACUGCAUCUUCACCAGCACUACCACACCCACAGGGGACACCCUGGUCGUCCUGGAGACAUGUGAGGGGGCCGAGACCUACGUCAAUGGCAAGAGAGUCACCGCUCCAACCAUCCUCAGAUCAGGUAACCGCAUCAUCAUGGGGAAGAGUCACGUAUUCCGCUUCAACGACCCUGAGCAGGCGCGGCAGGAGCGUGAGCGGACGCCCUGCGCAGAGACCCCUGUGGAGCCUGUGGACUGGGCCUUUGCUCAGAGGGAGCUCCUGGAUAAACAGGGCAUCGACAUGAAGCAGGAGAUGGAGCAGAGACUACAGGAGCUUGAGGACCAGUACCGUAGAGAGAGAGAGGAGGCCAGCAACCUUCUGGAGCAGCAGCGACUGGACUAUGAGAGUAAGCUGGAGGCUCUGCAGAAGCAAGUGGACUCUCACUAUUGGCCAGAUGCCACUGAGGAAGAAGAGGAGCCAGAGGAGGAAGUACCAUGGACCAAAAGAGACCGAGAGCUGGGUCUGUGGGCUUUCCGCAGAUGGAGGUGCUACCAGUUCACCUCUCUGAGAGACCAGCUGUGGGGCAACGCCAUCUUCCUCAAAGAGGCUAACGCCAUUAGCGUGGAGCUCAAGAAAAAGGUCCAGUUCCAGUUUGUGCUGCUGACGGACACCCUGUACUCCCCUCUGCCCCCUGACUUGCUUCCUCCGAGCGCCUCUCAGGAGCGUGAGACGCGCCCCUUCCCCCGCACCAUCGUAGCUGUGGAGGUACAGGACCAGAAGAAUGGAGCUACACACUACUGGACCCUUGAGAAGCUCAGGCAACGCUUGGAGUUAAUGCGUGAGAUGUACGACCGUGCUGCAGAGCUGCCCAGUCCAGCACUGGAGGACUGUGAGGCCGGCCUCAGUGGGGGAGACCCCUUCUACGACAGAUUCCCCUGGUUCCGCCUGGUGGGAAGGGCGUUUGUGUAUCUGAGUAACUUGCUGUACCCCGUGCCCCUGGUGCACCGUGUGGCCAUCGUUAGUGAGAAGGGCGAGGUCAAGGGCUUCCUCAGGGUUGCUGUGCAGGCGAUCUCAGCUGAUGAAGAGGCUCCAGACUAUGGUUCAGGUGUGCGUCAGUCAGGAACUGCAAAGAUAUCCUUUGAGGAUCAGCAGUUUGAGAAGAUGGAGGCGGGCACAGGGGGCAUGAGUCACUCCAACACCUCUCAGGAGGAACUCCGCAUUGUGGAGGGAGAGGGCGGAGCAUCUGACAUCGGCCUCAUGGCUGACGAGGUCAACAACAACACCUGCACAGUCUCGCCUGAGACUCCUAGUAGCCCUCUGAAGGCUGGCUUAGGCUUAGAUGGCCCCCUAGAGGGCGGUAUGGAGAAGGCAAUGCAGCAGCAUCUGAGGUUGGGGUCAGAGUUCACCUUCAGGGUCACAGUCCUCCAGGCCUCAAGCAUCCCAGCAGAGUAUGCAGACAUCUUCUGCCAGUUCAACUUCAUUCAUCGCCAUGACGAGGCGUUCUCCACAGAACCCCUGAAGAACACAGGCAGGGGACCACCUCUUGGGUUCUACCACGUACAGAAUAUCACUGUGGAGGUCACCAAGUCCUUUAUCGAAUACAUGCGGACGCAGCCCAUCGUGUUUGAGGUGUUUGGCCACUACCAGAAGCAGCCCUUCCCACCCCUCUGUAAAGACCUCAUCAGUCCCUUGCGUCCCAGCAGAAGGCAGUACCCAAGAGUGAUGCCCUUAUCCAAGCCAGUUCCUGCCACAAAGCUAAGCUCAGUGACGCCCCCUACAGCUGGUCCAUGCCACUGCAAAUAUGACCUCAUGGCUUUCUUUGAGAUUUGUGAGCUGGAAGCCAAUGGAGACUAUAUCCCUGCAAUAGUGGACCACAGGGGAGGAAUGCCUUGCCAUGGCACCUUCUUGCUGCACCAGGGAAUCCAGAGGAGGAUCACUGUGACGAUCGCCCACGAAACAGGAAGUGACAUUGAAUGGAAGGAAGUUCGGGAGCUGGUAAUCGGUGAGUUUACUGUGGGCCACCGUUUGAAACCAGAGAGCUGCACAUGGAGUUUGUUUUGCAGAUCUUCAAGUUGGUCUUUUUCUCCCCCUGCAGGACGUAUUCGGAACAGCCCAGAGGCCGAUGAGACCAUCAUCGACCCAAAUAUCCUGUCACUCAACAUCCUGAAUGCAGGAUACUUACGGCCAGCUUAUGAGGACCGGACGUUUUAUCGUUUUGAGGCAGCGUGGGAUAGCUCCAUGCACAACUCCCUUCUUCUGAACCGUGUGACUCCCUAUGGAGAGAAAAUCUACAUCACCCUCUCAGCGUACCUCCAGAUUGAGAACUGCACCCAGCCCACGGUCAUCACUAAAGACCUCUGCAUGGUGUUCUACUCCAGAGACACUAAACUACCUGCCUCAUGUUCCAUACGGAACCUCUUCAGUACCGGAUCACUCCGGCCCACAGAGGGCAGUCGAGUCACUGGUGUGUAUGAGCUCAGUUUGUGCCACUUGGCCGACGCUGGAAGCCCAGGAAUGCAGCGGCGGCGUAGGCGUGUGUUGGACACGUCAGUGGCGUAUGUGCGAGGUGAGGAGAACCUGGCUGGCUGGAGACCUCGCAGUGACAGCCUCAUCCUGGACCACCAGUGGGAACUGGAGAAACUCAGCUUGCUGCAGGAGGUGGAGAGGACCCGUCACUACCUGCUCCUCAGGGAGAAGCUGGAGAGUGUGUUGGCCCAGGAGGGUGUGUGUGGAGGACGGGAUAUCCUUGACAGCCCCCAGUCGCCUCUCACACCAAACAGCCCACACACACCCUGUUUGGCCUUCCCCAACGACAGACAGAAGGAGCUCACUGCCAAGUGUCUGCGUCUCCUUAUGCACACCUUCAACCGCCAGUACAGCCAGGUCAGCAGCAGUGCCAGUGAGAGCAAACUCUCUGCGCUGCUCCUAAGGGACUCCUCGUCCUCUGCUCUGAGCUCUCUGACCCCCUCCUCCACCUGCCCCUCCCUACUGGAUGGUCACUAUGGUAACACUGACUUUAGGUGUGACUCUGGGGCUUCUAGUCCUGAUCUGGACCCCUUUAGCCCAGAGGAGAGGAAAACCAAACUCACCUUCAUUCCGAACAUACAGGAAAUUCGUGUCAGUCCCAUUGUGUCUAAGAAGGGCUACCUGCACUUUCUGGAGCCCCAGGCCAGUGGCUGGCAGCGUCGCUUUGUGGUGGUCAGGCGCCCAUAUGUCUACCUGUACCGCAACGAGCGGGACAGUGUGGAGAAGGCCAUCAUCAACCUGUCCAACGCACAGGUGGAGUACAGCGAAGACCAGAGGACCAUGCUGAGGACUCCGAACACAUUUGCAGUGUGUACGGAGCACAGGGGUAUACUGGUCCAGGCCACCAGUGAUAAGGAGAUGCAUGACUGGCUCUACGCCUUCAACCCCCUAUUGGCUGGGACCAUCAGGUCCAAACUGUCCAGGAGGAAGUCUCAGACCAGCAUGUGAAAGCAAUGCCCCCCUUUCACCCACCCCACCCCACCCCACCACACCCCUGCUGGUUCGGACCUGUCAAGGAAAGAGAAGGAAUAAACAGAAGAGCCAAGAGAACUUGAUAGAACCCUGAGAAUGCUCUACAACCCAGAGAACUCCAUAGAAACCUGAAAAUGCCCUAGAAACCAGAGAGCUCAGUAGAACAUAAACAGAACAACCCUGUAGAGAAAAACAACUGAAGAUUAUACCUUAAUAAUAAUGUAUAGUACAUAGAUCAAGUAAGAUGUAGCGCACACACACACACACAUAUACACACACACACACAUAUACAAAAGAAAUGUGCUUGCCUAAAAUAGUGUUUUCUGUCAUAUCCAGAUUGUGUAUCCAUCUCCCCAUUGUCCCAGGACAUAGACAUCCAACAGAAACUAUUGUGCGGUGGCUAUGUGUGUCUGCUUGCAUGUGGUCCUGUCCUAUUGGUUCUUUCUGCUCUCCUGGCUUAUUCUUUCACUCCAUGCCUCCAUAAAUAUGUUUGUUUAUAUGUUUAUAUGUUGUUUAUAUGUUAUAGUGAAGUAACCUGUUUCUUGUUUGUUUGAAUGAAGGUUUUGUAUUUAUAUUUCUUUUAUCAUUUGAUCACAUAGCACUUUUAAACUUUAAGUUUACUUAUUUAAUUUAACCCAAAGCUGUGUGUGUACAUGUGUGUGUGAAUGUAUGUGUGUGUGUAUGCAAUCGUUCUGUAGGUUUAAGAGGGACAUAUUUACCGACCCUAUAAAACAGUACCAGUAUUAAUGUCAGCCUUCUAACUAGCCCUCUAUAUCUCCGAUGAUAAGUCAUAUUGAAACCUAAUGCUGUCCCUCCUCUGCAUGUGGGAUAAACUGUGUCUCUUUAUUUAACCUCUCGAAUAACAGGCCCUAAUAAUCCCUUCUCAUCCCUUCAUUAUGGAAAAAAAGUAUUAUUACAUUUUUAUAGAAGACGAGAUCAGAUUAGAAGUCAUUGGACCCUGUGAAAUUCACCAUGUUGUUUUCCAAAACCUGGUUGGAAUUCAGAGCAGCAAAUCAUGUCGGGGGUGAGAAGUGUAUAUAGUAGGCUGCUGUGGUUGGUGUGUGUGUGGGUAUUGGUGUGUGUCUGUGGCGUGUGGUGUGUGUGUGGCAGGAUGCUGAAGGUGUUUUUGAAGUGAGGUGUGUGUGUUUAAAGACGUGCCCAGUUUAUUUCAGAGGGUGAGAGGAGAUACUGAAAAUGACAGAGCUCAGAUGUUUAGGGAGGAACAGCUAACAGCCUGUUAGGGUUAAUGAGUGCAUUUUGAGGCAGCAUUAUACAGACUGUGGGUGUUUUGGUGACUCUGGCGAAGAGUGUGUGAGGAUGCUGUGAGGAUGCGGUGUGUUUCUGUGUGUGAGAUGCUGUAUUUUAGGCUGUGUGUGAGAUUUGUGAGGGGGUGUUGUGGGCAGUGUAGAGCAUUUAUCUCAGAGUGCAUGCUACUGGUCAUCCAGCCAGGUUAGCAUGUGUGCCAAUGCUGAGUGAGAGCCUUGAGCCAGACAGCUCACUGAGCGCGCUCUCCACUCCAUCUGUCAUGUGACUGCUCACAACACAUGUUACUGCUCACAACACCCCCAAGUAAAAACUGACACUGAGCGUGCUUACAGUUUCUCGGGUGAAGUCACAUGAUCAGAGUGCCUCAAGUAGCCCUACUGAGCAUGCCCAGAACCCAUCUCAAAUUUCUGGAAAUCUGGUGUUGCAUUUGAUGUUCAGAAUAUGAGAAUGUGUAUGUGAAGACUGAUGGUGUGUGUGUGUGUGUGAGAGAGAGAGAAAGAGAGUGUGUAUGUGUACAAGUGCUGUAUAUUACUGUAUACAUUACCCUUGACCUUUAUAUUCCCUCACGUGGAUGUAACCUUUGACUCAUGACCCUCGUCUUGACCUCUUGUCUACACCUGUGUUUGCUAUAUGAGGUGUGGUGUGUGUGUGUGUGUUUGUGUGUGUGUGUGUAUGGAUGAGAGAGUAACAGCCCGCUGUGUGUGUGCCUGCAUGCUGUAGACUCUAACGGACUCUAUGGAUCCUGAUGUACUAAAGCCCCAUCCAGUCUAGUAGCAGAGGAGCUGCACCUGAAACGUCCCCUUCUGAGAGACAGCAACAUGAUGGGGAAGGGGCUAGAAGCUUUUACAUACACACACACACACUUACAUACGUACAGUAUUUACACAUUCAGUACAUACAAUAUGCACUCAAAUCUGAAAAUAAAUGUGCACACAGACAUGCACAUAGUUACAUACGCAAAACGACACGCACACACACACACACACACACACACACACACUGGUUGUGGCGUUGUGUAUGCUCAGGCUUCUCCUUAUGAUGGUGCUGCUGCUGUUUGUGUGAGGCUGUGACGCUGUAGUGAGGAUCACUCCUGUGGAAUCUAACAUGUCCUGAUAUUCACCUGUCAGAUGGAAAAUAAACAUGAACUGUGUACAAAUA